ACAGGAACAGCUGAAGGCACAUCGUGAGGCGGCGACGGUGCGAGCGCGCUGAAGAGGACACGGCACCGACUGACAGUCUGCUGACGUGAAUUCCCGCUCCUCCUCUCACACCACUGGCUCAGGGAGAACGGCUUCAUCUGCGACUGGUGAGUCUGAGCGGUGCAGGAGAAGCAGGAAGGAGCUGUGAGAGAGAGAGAGAGAAGGAAAGAGGGGAAGAGAGCGUCUAGCUGAGCAUCCUUCAGGAUGAAGAAAAGCAGGAGUACACAGUGGGUUACACUGGCUGAUGAGAAUAAGGAACCUCCCGCAGGACAAUUUUCCACAGCCAACACACUUGGCGUAGACAUGUGCAAAGUCCACAGGCGUUUCUCUGGCACCCUGCUGCUGCCUCCGUUGUCAUGGCGACAAGCAGAAAAGGAGAGGGACAGGGGCAGGCCGCUCACACCCGAAGAGGAUCCAGUGACCCAGACCAGACCCACAAGUCUGCCCAUCUCCACCGUGCCACGCAUCAACAUCACACAGGCUGAUCCCGACAGCUACGAAGGGGAGAAUGGCCCUUUGAUGUGCUGCAGUCCGUCAGACCUGCAGGCGUCCCCGGGUUCUGGUAUGGUUCUACACCCAAACUACGGCGCCCACGGUCAGCGUAGGGAGUCUUUCCUGUACCGCUCUGACAGCGACUACGAUCUGUCACCCAAGUCCCUGUCCCGCAACUCAUCCAUUGUUGGAGAACUGCACGGAGAGGACUUGAUUGUGACUCCGUUUGCUCAGGUUCUGGCAAGCCUUCGGACUGUCAGGAACAACUUCACCACUUUGACAAAUGUACAAUGUGCACCCAAUAAGAGGUCUCCUGCUGCAAAUCAGCCGCCUGUCACCAAAGUCUGUCUGUCAGAUGAAUCCUACCAGAAGCUGGCUAUGGAGACAAUGGAGGAGCUGGACUGGUGUCUGGACCAGUUGGAGACCAUCCAGACCUACCGCUCUGUCAGUGACAUGGCCUCCAACAAGUUCAAGAGAAUGCUGAACCGGGAGCUAAGUCACCUUUCUGAGAUGAGUCGCUCUGGCAACCAAGUGUCCGAGUACAUCUCAAACACCUUCCUAGACAAACAAAAUGAGUUGGAGCUUCCAUGUCCAGUACCAAAGUCCAGGGAGAGGAAGCGGAGGCAGGGUCAGCAGCAGCAGCAGCAGCAGCAGCAGCAGCAGCAGGGUGGGAUGAUGACUCACAUCAGCGGGGUGAGGAAGGUCAGCCACACGCCCAGCAUCUCGGGGAGCAGCUGCAAUCGCUUCGGGGUCAAGACGGACCAGGAGGAGCUGCUGUCGAAGGACCUGGAAGACAUCAACAGAUGGGGGCUGAACAUCUUCAAAGUGGCCGAGCACUCCCACAACCGACCCCUCACAUGCAUCAUGUACACCAUCUUUCAGGAGCGAGACCUGAUGAGGACGUUCAAGAUUCCAACGGACACCUUUGUGACGUUUAUGCUGACCCUGGAGGGCCACUAUCACUCCGACGUGGCGUACCACAACAGCCUGCACGCCGCCGACGUGGCCCAGUCCACGCACAUCCUCUUGUCCACCCCUGCACUGGAUGCCGUCUUCACUGAUCUGGAGAUCCUUGCAGCCAUUUUCGCCGCAGCCAUUCACGACGUGGACCACCCUGGAGUGUCCAACCAGUUCCUCAUCAACACCAACUCUGAGCUGGCUCUCAUGUACAACGAUGAGUCAGUGCUGGAGAACCACCACUUGGCUGUGGGCUUCAAGCUGCUGCAGGAAGACAACUGUGACAUCUUCCAAAACCUCACCAAGAAGCAGAGGCAGACACUGCGGAGAAUGGUCAUAGACAUGGUAUUGGCGACCGACAUGUCUAAACACAUGAGCCUGCUGGCUGAUCUGAAGACAAUGGUUGAGACCAAGAAGGUGACGAGCUCCGGAGUCCUGCUGCUGGACAACUACACAGACAGGAUGCAGGUUCUGCGGAACAUGGUUCACUGUGCGGACCUGAGCAACCCGACCAAACCUCUGGAUCUGUACCGUCAGUGGACGGACAGGAUCAUGGACGAGUUCUUCCACCAGGGAGACAGAGAGAGGGAGCGUGGGAUGGAAAUCAGCCCGAUGUGUGACAAACACACAGCCUCAGUGGAGAGAACACAGGUUGGCUUCAUCGACUACAUCGUCCACCCUCUGUGGGAGACGUGGGCUGACCUGGUCCACCCGGAUGCCCAGGACAUCCUCGAUAUGCUUGAGGACAACAGGAACUGGUACCAAAGCAUGAUCCCCCAAAGCCCCUCCCCUCCCUUCUACACAGAAGGGAGCCCACACGGGGAGGUGGAGGGCGGACCUGUGACGAGUAAAUUUCAGUUUGAACUGACACUGGACGAUGAGGACGAACAGGUGGGAGACGUGGAGAGUGGGAUGAUGGAGACAACCGACGGAUGUGAUAAUCUGACACUCCAAAGCCAUCCCUCCAAUGAAGACGGGGCGGAAACAUACGGGGUUCUUUGAGCGCAGCGUGAUUUGCUGCUUUUGGCUGAAUUCAUUUUAUUGCAGUGGAGCAAUCCUGCAAUCCUGGCUCUUCAGGAGCUGCCUGGCUACGAGCGCCUGACUAAAUGUAGGGCACUCCUGCAAACAAGGCCUGGAAACCCUGUGGCAGUUUGAUUUCGAGCCCUUGAAGGGAGCUGGGCGAGCGCAGCCUCCGGUCUUUAGAAGAAAGGACUAACUGUGGGGCUGCAGAGGCUGAGUCUCGGUCCUCACAGACAAAUAAGACGACUUAAAUGAUAUGAAUCCGUGUACUGGGACAAGUGAGAUUUCCAAAAACUUGCACUUCAGGACACUUUUUAUGUUCAUUACGAUUUUGUUAGCAUUGUGUCGAGACUGGAUGCCACCUGGUGAAGUGUCCAAAAACAAAAGUUGUGUGCCUUUUUUUUUCUUUUUACAGCCGUGUCUUUUACGUACAUGUUUUUAUAAUUUAUUGAACACAAUCACGUAGCUGUAAAAUGUGUCAACAUUUUUUACAAUAAGGACAUCUUUGUCUCACAAUCAGUCUUCCUAAUGUUUUGGCAAUAUUAUAAGCUUCUCACAAAAGCGUAGAGUGGGGGUGUUUCUAAAAAAAAAUCAGUUGACUUCCCAGCACAAUUUGCACUUUGUGGCAAGAGGAACAGAGGGUGGAAAGCAUCAGUCAUUUACAUAAUCUGUUUCUAUCCAAUAAUACAUUACAUAAAUAAUGACUCAUCUUUCAGUUUCAUUGAAAGUGUAUUGUUGAGUCUUAAAACAUGGAAAAACUAAAUUGCAAAGAUCCUGUAAACAAAGUUUAAACAAAGCCCUUUAAUGAAUUCACUUCCGCGUCUGAACAGUGUGAACACAUGCUUUCACCCAAAUCAGAAGUCAAAAUUCAUCCUUUUUAUUUCCUGUUUUUCAAUGAAAACAAUCUGGCAAAUAAAAGUUAAUUACCAAAGGAAAUUGAACCAAAAAUAUCUCAUAGAAAAUUCCAUCACCGUAUAUUAUGUCGUGCUGGGUAUAUUCCAGUGUGUUUCCUCAUUUUAUCAGCUCACUUACUCACACAGCUGUUGAGGUUUACUGAAUCGCAUCCUCGUGAAUACACUUUACACCGUAUCUGGUUCUGGACAUUGAAUGACUGUAAGACUGUGUGCACAUUUAAACAGACACCUGUCAGUGACAUUAUAACUGUAUCUUGUAGUUAUUAUUAUUAUCAAUAUUGUUAUUCCAGCACUUUGAAUAUGACGACAGUUCUGCAGCUGGUUGCUGAUCUGUCCAACACUACCUUAAAGGUACCACAUUGUCAGAAUGGGGGGAGCGAGUGUGUGUGUGUGUGUGUGUGUGUGUGUGUGUGUGUGUGUGUGUGGUUACACAGUUGCACAAUCUUGUCGCACCCAGCUGUGCUGUGCUGACCCUUCAGCUGUUUGUAACAGUGUAUUUAUUACCUUUUUUCCUUGUACCUGAUGAUAUUGAUCGAUAAUAUUCACUGUAUAUUUGUUAUUAUUUAUACCACCGCGUGUCAAAUCCACAGUUUGACUGAUACUCGUCUGGUGUUUCUGAUUCGUUGUAUUAAGCAAAGCUACUUUGCUAUAAAGACCAAAAACAUGGAGUCAUACAGUCCAGUUUUAUUUGAGGAGUUUGAAAUGUUUAGUUUGAGAUUCCAGCCGGAGACGUUUUGAAGCAACAACACCUCACGAGAGGUGCAGCGGAAGCUCUUUGUCUUGUGUUCCUGGCGGAUCAUAAAGGCUGGAUCUAUUUACUGCAGUAUGUUGUGUACGGUGACGGGUCAUUGUACAGCUUUAGGAAUAUUUGCUGAAAUAUAUGACAUUGUUUAAAAUGUAUUUUUUCAGUGUUUUCCUCACGAUAUAUGGUAAAACGGUGUAUGUUGUGCUCAACAAAUGUUUUCUAUCAGAUUAUUAAAAUGGGCAUGUAUUACA